AUGCUACGUUACCUGCUAAAGACGCUACUGCAGAUGAACCUGUUCGCGGAUUCCCUGGCUGGGGAUAUCUCCAAUUCAAGCGAUCUGCUCUUCGGUUUCAACUCCUCUCUGGUCGCUCUCAACCACAGCCUCCUUCCCCCCGGGGAUCCCCUUUUCAACGGGUCGCGAGCCGGUCCGGAGGACGCAGUGCCGCGCAUAGUGGAACAGCCGCCAGAUUUGUUGGUCUCCAGGGGGGAGCCCGCCACGCUGCCGUGCCGCGCCGAGGGCAGACCCCGUCCGGACAUUGAAUGGUACAAGGACGGCGCACGCGUGGCCACGGCCCGCGAGGAUCCGCGGGCUCACCGCCUGCUGUUACCCAGCGGUGCGCUCUUCUUCCCUCGAAUCGUGCAUGGACGCCGAGCCCGUCCAGACGAGGGCGUCUACACUUGCGUGGCUCGCAACUACCUAGGGGUAGCGGCCAGUCGCAAUGCUUCACUGGAGGUGGCGGUCCUUAGAGAUGACUUCCGGCAGUCCCCAGUGGAUGUGGUGGUAGCUGUGGGGGAACCCGCAGUUCUGGAGUGUGUGCCUCCCAGGGGCCACCCAGAACCCUCAGUGUCCUGGAAGAAGGACAAUCUUCGCCUCAAGGAGCAGGAAGGACGAAUCACUAUUCGGGGUGGGAAACUGAUGAUGUCACACACACUCAAGAGCGAUGCUGGGAUGUACGUAUGUGUGGCUUCCAAUGUGGCAGGAGAACGUGACAGUGGGGCAGCUGAACUUGUGGUUUUUGAGCGCCCCUCCUUCCUACGCAGACCUGUGAACCAGGUGGUCCUGGCUGAUGCCCCUGCUGAUUUCCCAUGUGAGGUGCAGGGGGAUCCUCCACCACAUCUGCGUUGGCGAAAGGAGGAGGGGGAGUUGCCCACUGGCAGGUAUGAGAUCAGAAGUGACUACAGUCUUCGGAUUGGGAGAGUGAGUGCAGAAGAUGAAGGAACUUAUACCUGUGUGGCUGAGAACAGUGUGGGCAGAGCUGAAGCUUCUGGCUCUCUCAGUGUCCAUGUCCCACCCCAGCUAGUGACACAGCCACAGGACCAGAUAGCAGCUCCAGGAGACACUGUGACUUUCCAGUGUGAGACCAAAGGGAAUCCUCCACCAGCUAUCUUCUGGCAGAAGGAAGGUAGUCAGAUUCUGCUCUUCCCUAGUCAACCCUCCCAGUCCACAGGGCGUUUCACUGUUUCCCCAAGUGGCCAACUCAACAUAACCGAAGUGCAAAAUGGGGAUGCUGGUUACUACGUGUGCCAGGCAGUUAGUGUUGCUGGUAGCAUUCUGGCCAGGGCAUCCUUGGAAGUUAAGGAUGUUACCCUGAAUGACUUUCCUCCCAUAAUUCUUCAUGGACCAUUGAAUCAGACUAUGGCAUCUGGAUCCUCUGUGUGGUUGCCAUGCAAAGUGACUGGAAACCCCCAGCCCAAUGUUCAGUGGUUGAAGGAUGGGCAGGGGAUAGACAGUGGAGACCUGAGACUUACUCUGUUGGCUAAUGGCACCUUGCAUAUCACUAAUUUGCAGGAGGGUGAUUUGGGGCUCUACAGCUGUGUGGCCAAGAGUUCCAAAGGGCAGGCCAUAUGGAACGGCUGGCUAAGGGUCCAAGAUGAUAUAGAACCCCCUACUGAGUCCAGUGGUCCCCCUGGGUCUCCCUCUCAACCAGCCAUUAUUGAAGUCACCAAGAACAGCAUUACUCUAACCUGGAAGCCCAGCCCACAGGCUGGAGGAUCACCAGUUACUUCUUAUGUGAUAGAAGCCUUCAGCCAGGCAUCUGGUAACACUUGGAGGACAGUAGCAGAUGGCAUACAGCUAGAGACACAUACCAUUACUGGUUUGCAGCCCAACACCAUCUACCUAUUCCUAGUUCGAGCAGCAGGAGCAUGGGGUCUCAGUGAACCCAGUCCUGUCUCCAAGCCUGUUCAGACCCAGGACAUUGGCCCCUCCAGGCCAAUUGAGGAUCCAUGGCAAGGGCAGCGAGAUCUGGCUGAUGUGGUUGUUCAACUGCAGGAGCCCCUAUUCCUGAGUCCCACAUCCUUGCAGGUGUCCUGGACUGUGGAUGGCCAUUCUCAGUUGGUGUGGGGCUUCCGGGUGUUGUGGAGGGCAGUAGACUCAAGUGGCUGGACAGUUCUGGACAUAGGAUCCUCAGGCCAGCGAAGUGCUGUGCUGAGAGAGCUUCCAGCAGGUGCACAGAUCCAAAUCAAGGUGCAGCCCUACGGCAGGGAGGGACCAGGGCCUGAGAGCACUGUUCUAACCAGGAGCACCCCUGAGGAGGCCCCUACUGGGCCCCCCCAGGCAGUGACAGUGACCCUGGGGGGUGAUGGCAACAGCAGCAUCACUGUUUCCUGGGAGCCUCCCCUACCCACUCAGCAAAAUGGAAUCAUUCAACAUUACCAGAUUUGGUGCCUGGGGAAUGAGAGCCGCUUCCACCUGAACCAAUCUGCUGCAGGCUGGGCACGGUCCGCAGUGCUUCGGGGACUUCUCCCAGGUCUCCUUUACCGAACCCAAGUGGCUGCGGCCACCAGCGCUGGCGUGGGCGUAGCCAGCCCCGCGGUGCUGUUCCAUCUGCCACUCCCGAGGGAACCAGAGCCAGGGCCCGGCCCGGAGGUGGGUCCCGGGCUUGCAGAGCGCCUGGCAAAAGUGCUGCGGGAGCCAGCCUUUAUCGCUGGCGGCGGAGCAGCCUGUGGAGCACUUCUCCUGGGACUCAGCGCCGCCCUGUAUCGGCGCCGGAGGCAGCGCAAGGAGCUCAGCCAUUACAAUGCCUCCUUUGCCUACACGCCAGCAGUCUCCUUCCCCCACAAUGAAGGCCUUUCCAGAGCCAGCUCCAGGCCUCCCAUGGGCCUUAGCCCAGCCCCCUACCCUUGGCUAGCAGACUCCUGGCCUCAUCCACCACGAAGUCCUACAGCUCAGGAGCCCAGGGGAAGCUGUUGCCCUAGCAAUCCUGACUCAGAUGACAGAUACUACAAUGAGGCAGGGAUCUCUUUAUACCUGGCUCAGACAGCUCGGGGGGCCUCAGCCCCAGGGGAGGGACCCAUCUAUAGCACCAUUGACCCAGCUGGUGAGGAGCUUCAAACCUUCCAUGGGGGCUUCCCCCCUCAAUCCCCUGAGGAACCUGGGGCCUGGACCACCCAAUAUGCUCCACCAGAAUGGAGCCAGGAUGAUAGUGGCCCCAGGGGGGGGAAAUUAAAGAUCCUGGGAAAGCCUGUACAGACCCCCUCUCUGAGCUGGCCUGACCCACUGCCUCCACCACCUCCUUCCUGUGAGUUAAACUGCAUGGAGGGAGCUGAGGAAGAGCUAGAGGACAGUUCAGAACCUGAUGAGUGGUGCCCACCAUUGCCUGAAAGAAGCCUCCUAGAAGAGUCCAACCCAGCUGAAAGCUGCAGGGCUUCCCCCUCCCAUGGAAACAUUCCCUCUCCCACUCCUUCUUAUGGAGAUCAAUCCACAGCAACUCUUACCCCCUCCCCUGAGCCACCACAGCCUUCUGCUGAAACUGUCUGUAUCCACCAUACACCCAGGCGGGUGCCCGCUGGAGCAAGUCCUCCUCUCAGCCUAUCCCACUCCAGUUUGAGUGGCCUUGAAGGCGGUCCUGCAAGCCUGAGUGCCAGCCCAAUGCCCCCUGGACACCUCAGCCUGAGCCCUGUCCCUUGUACUACCAGCACCCCAGUUAGAGCCAGACUGACACCUAGAGAAAUGACUUCCUCAUCCCCAGGAUCCCGAGCACGAAUCCGGAAGAAAUCUAAAGCUGUUCCUUAUAGAAAGGACCGAAGUCCAGGAGAUUUGCCCCCCCCACCCCUCCCUCCACCGGAAGAGGAGGCUGGUUGGGCUGUAGGGCUUCGAGCAAUAGGAAAUGUCUCCUCUCUGGAACGAGAGAGGAGAGGGGAGAAAAGAAUGAUUCGAGCUAUACCCCCAGGGACUCACCAUCCCCCUGAUGGUAAGUAGGUACAGGGUAGAUUGAAGGGGCCAAAUUACCUGGAUCUUUCUCUUUCCCCUACAGAGGAAACCUGGCUCCCAUAUAGCAGGCCCAGCUUUUUGCCCCGGGGCCAGGGGGCUGGUGCCUGCUCCACCGCUGGCAGCAACUCCUCCAGAGGCUCUAGCAGUUCCCGGGGCUCCAGAGGCCCUAGCAGUUCUCGGGGCUCCAGAGGCUCUGGUCAGAACCGUCGUCCAGGGGGGGAACAUCGAGAAAUGAAGGUGGGGGCAGAAAGAGGAGGAAAAGGUAAAGGGGAGGUAAAUACCAAGAGGUGAUAGAAGUGAUGGAGAACAAACAGCAAGUUAGGAAGGAGGAUAGGGAAGAAAGAAAGUAAAUAAUAAAAUGUGACAAAGAAUAGUUUUGAGGAAGAAGAAAUGAGCUGUCAAAGGGUCUAUAGCCUUAGAGAGUUUUUUGGUCAUCAUCCUCCCUUUCACAGCACACACACACACACAGACCCACACACCCUGAGACUCAUGGAUUUGUCCAUAACUGUAAAUGCCUAAUUCCCCAUUUCUUCCUGGCACUCUAAUAACUUGACUGAAAGGGUUAAGAUGGAAAAAAGAAUCCCAGAAAAGAGAAGUGGGGAUCUCCUAAAUGGAUGAAGCAGAAUAAAGGAGCCCAUGUUCCCAGUUAGGUAGACAGCUCUGAGAAAAGCAAAUGUGCAAAGGGGAACAGAUAAUCUAAGAUAGGAGGCUCACCCUCCCAGUCUUUUUCUCCCAUACAUUCUAUGCCUCACCUCCAAACCUCCUUAUAUCUUUGUGUCUAAAUAUCUCCAGGAACUGAGAUAACUCUUAUUCAUGAUAACAAGAACAUCAGAAUCUUCUCUAGAGGGGUGGGAAGGAUGGUUUUGGACUAAAAGAAAAGACAUCAUGGAAUCCCAAAAAAGGGAUGUGUAAAAAGAAUUCAUGCUUUAGGUAGGGGUUGGACUAGCUGACCAAACAAUUCUACGAUUCUAUGAUGCUAGCUAAAGUGGGAAAGACCCUUAUUCUGAUAGUAGGGGCUAAAGAUGGAUUUUUGCCUCUAUCCCCGUACCCAUCCAGGGAAUAGAGCUCUGAACAUGAGCCGAGUGGUUGAUUAGAGGCCAAAGAGGUUAAUUGUGCUUCCUUGCCUCCAACUCUUUUCCCCUAUACUUCUUCUCCCACUUUCUAGCUGAGAUUUUUUUUGUAAAUAAGCUAAUAAAAGUACUUGAUCCCUGUA